GUGGGACCGGAGGAUGAGCUGCCCGACUGGGCCGCGGCCAAGGAGUUCUACCAGAAGUACGACCCUAAGGACGUCAUUGGCAGGAAGAAGGUUGAAGCACCAACUGUGUGCCAGACACAAAGCUACCCGUGGGAAAGGUAGAAAAGAUGUCUGUGGCCUGGAGGUACUUCAGAGGAGUGAGCUCUGUGGUCCGCCGUUGCGUGCAUCGAGCCACUGGCGACGAGUUUGCCGUGAAGAUCAUGGAGGUGACCGCUGAGCGGCUGAGUCCUGAGCAACUGGAGGAGGUGCGGGAAGCCACGCGGCGAGAGACUCACAUCCUUCGCCAGGUCGCCGGCCACCCCCACAUCAUCACUCUCAUCGAUUCCUACGAGUCUUCUAGCUUCAUGUUCCUGGUGUUUGACCUGAUGCGGAAGGGAGAACUGUUUGACUAUCUCACGGAGAAGGUGGCCCUCUCAGAGAAGGAAACCAGGUCCAUCAUGAGGUCUCUGCUGGAAGCAGUGAGCUUUCUCCAUGCCAACAACAUUGUACACCGAGACCUGAAGCCUGAGAAUAUUCUCCUAGAUGACAAUAUGCAGAUCCGACUCUCAGAUUUCGGGUUCUCCUGCCACUUGGAACCUGGAGAGAAGCUUCGAGAGUUGUGUGGGACCCCCGGGUAUCUAGCACCAGAGAUCCUGAAAUGUUCCAUGGAUGAAACCCACCCAGGCUAUGGCAAAGAGGUCGACCUCUGGGCCUGUGGGGUGAUCCUGUUCACACUCCUGGCUGGCUCACCCCCGUUCUGGCACCGACGCCAGAUCCUGAUGUUACGCAUGAUCAUGGAGGGCCGGUACCAGUUCAGUUCGCCUGAGUGGGAUGACCGUUCUGACACUGUCAAAGACCUGAUCUCAAGGCUACUGCAGGUGGAUCCCGAAGAACGCCUGACAGCUGAGCAGGCCCUACAGCAUCCCUUCUUUGAGCGCUGUGAAGGGAGCCAGCUCUGGAACCUCACACCCCAACAGCGGUUCCGGGUGGCAGUGUGGACAGUGCUGGCUGCUGGACGAGUGGCCUUAAGUACACGCCGUGUGCGGCCAAUGACCAAGAGCGCGCUGCUGAGGGACCCCUACGCGCUGCGGCCAGUGCGGCGCCUCAUUGACAACUGUGCCUUCCGCCUCUAUGGGCACUGGGUGAAGAAGGGCGAGCAGCAGAACCGAGCUGCUCUCUUCCAGCACCGGCCCCCCGGGCCUUUUCCUCUCCUCGGCGCUGAAGAGGAGGGGGACUCCGCUAGUAUCGCUGAGGAUGAGGCUGGGCGGGUGCUGGGCUAGGACCUCAGCCCUGAGCAAGCUCAGAAAGCAGGACUCCGUGGGAGGUCUGAACCAUUCCAGCCCCUCUGGGCCCUUGCCUCGGGCCCUCUGCCUAGCCCUGCUGGCCAUGCUACUGUCAUAGAGACCCACUCUGUACGCCUACCCCUGCUAGCCAAGGCUGGGAGAUGAUAGGCGGGGUGGAAGAGAGCCACUCCAAAGGCCACGCCCAGCCUCGUCAGUGCUGCCUCUGCGGGAUCUGAAAUAAAAUCUGUUCCACGCC